GAACGAGCCACAAUCCUUCCGGAAGACGUAAAUGAUUAGUUGAAGAAGAAAAAUCAUGUGAUGUCUGAGCUACGCCCCGAUUUGAGGCUCAAUCAAUGCCCUGAGUAAUACGCUGAAGAUAUACACAUUAAAAUCUCCUGGUACACAUUCUAUCUUGGACAUGUGGUGGCCUCUGCUCACGUGGGAGUUCUCGUCUCGAUGAAGGGUUUGAAUUUGACUUAGGCUCAUAGGUAAGGGACUACCAAACCUUCCGUCAAUAUAAGCCUAUCUCCGCGUUUCUAUGCGGAGAAACGUUCGGGGCUAAGGCUGUCGGCAGGUUCCACCACGUGAUGAGAGUCUUCGGACACGGCUCGUUUGUUACGAUGAUGCUUUUGGGGCCAUGUAUUUAGAUUUACUGUUUGAUAUGAGCGAGGCCUUCCAUCACACUGUCAGCCCUACACAGAAUCUCACAAUCAUCGUGCAUCCUUGAUCACGUGAUAGCAUGACCUCCGCUGUUUGACAAACCCGCAUCAUUCGUCAGAAUGUUUGCGUUGGAACCAAUGAUGGAGAUGAAAAUGUCGUUGCUAGCUCGCCGGACCGAAAGAGAUCGUCUUCGUCACCAAGUGGAGAGCUAAUACGGGCCGGCCCACAACAGCGAUCCCGACUUGGCAUAGUCACAGUCUGCAGACAUAGAUCAGAAAACAGCGAUCUUCCUACCGCUACGAAUCUAUUUGAUAUAUUUCGUCGAGCACAUUUGAGAUGUGCGGAAUCUUCAAAAAAAAAGAACCAAAAAAAUACGUGUCCAUUGUCUAUAGGCGCUCUUGCAGCCAGCAUAGACCGAGACGGCGGAGGGCCCGCAACAUAUUGUGAAAGCGACGUCGUGAUUAAUUGCGAGAAGAGGGGCGUUUCUUUCAGGUACAGUACCCACAAUUGAAAACUUAUUGAUAACCUUAUUCAUAGUGUCGUCGUAAGCACAAGCCAAGUUGCUGGACUUGUAUUUUAAACUAAGGUUGAUGAACAGCUCUGAAGGUGUAUCCUCUUUUAGAGUGUCAUGCCUCCUGCUGUCUUCGAAAACAACCAGGAAUGGCGAGAUACAAGGGAGCUUCGACCUUCUUCCUGCUAUAUCUUGUUCUCUUAUUCUAUUUAUGGAAGGAAAUGCCCAAAUUAUUAACGACAGAGGUUGAGGCUGUCAAGGAGAAAGUGUCCGAACCACCGCAAGGAACAUUCAAACCAUCUCCUGCUGUGAGAGCUCGACCACCCGGACCAAUUCAUAAGCAGCUUUUGAAUGUUGAGAGCCCUCAUGCUUCACUCCAAAUCGUUGAUACCUUCCAGUACAAAACUCUACCCAACUUACCAUCUUGGAAUAAACCUCCAAAGGAACAUGUUGUCGAGAAAACUCCUCUUUUCAUAGGUUUCACUCGAAACUGGCUUUUAUUACAGCAAUGCGUCUUAUCAUAUAUUACUGCAGGAUGGCCGGCAGAGGAUAUAUAUGUUGUGGAUAACACUGGUACAAUGAAAUCUAACUUUUCGCCCAAAUCAAAGAUCACACUUCAGAACCCUUUGUAUCUAAAUGUUGAUCGACUCACAAACGUUUUUGGGGUCAAUGUAGUUUCCACGCCGACCCUCCUCACUUUUGCUCAGCUUCAGAACUUUUAUAUUUAUACCGCGCUUGAAAAUGGCUGGGAGAAUUAUUUCUGGAGUCACAUGGAUGUGGUCGUAUUCUCCGACGAAGACCUUACCCAUGCACCGCUAAAUCAGCAACGUGAGCCUGCGACUUCUCAUAAGUCUCUAUACAUGCGGGCGGUUGAUGAAUUACGAAAGACCUCAGAUCUGAGCUAUGCGGAAGGAUAUGAUGGUUGGGGUAUCCGCUUCUUCGAGUAUGACUGGCUCGCGUUAAACAAUGUGCAAAGCUUCGUGAAAAUGGGAGGAUGGGAUCCAAUGAUUAGCUACUACUCGUCCGAUUGCGAUAUGUACCAGAGGCUUCAAAUGUCUGGUGUAAUGCUCGAUACAGCUGAGGCGGGGUGGGUUAUUGACGUGGGAGGAACGAUUGAUUUGAACUUAUUCUUCCGUCGAAAAUACAACCCAGAUAUGCCUCCGAAAACAGCAGCUGAAAUGAACGCAUUGGCAGAGGAUAACAUGGGAGGAGAAGGUUUCCAACGUUUAAUACGUAUAGUACGAGAUGAAGCAGAGCUUAAGAACAGUGACCCAAAAGAAAGAAAUAAUUGGCAGCAGAGACAACUAGGUGGUAAAGGGGAACCAUUUCAUCGCGACCCGCGAGGCUUUGAACAAGCACUGAAGAUAUUGAUUAGAGGCGGAGAAGAGGUAUACGCAGAAAAGUGGGGUCACACAGGUUGCGAUCUCAGAGAAUCUGGAUUACAGUUAGAGGAUGCUUGGAUGGUCGAACACGAUUGGGAGUAAACUCUUCCACCGACAAUUAUUCAUGUCACUGGAAAACUUAAAUUAAACGUAUAGUUCACUUUCAUUAUCAAUAACUUCAUUACUUGGAAAAUGAUAUUCAUCAUGCAUGUCCCAUGUUAUUUUUUCCUCUAUUUUUUUAGUUCUCGAAGUUUUCUUUGCGAUUCACAAACAUCUUCGAGGCGCUAGCUAUUCGAUAUCUAGCAUUUUAAUAUCACUUGCCUCUUUCUCCUUAACUU